CAUUUUGUUAACACAUUUCUUGUAUGAAUUUGCAUGUGGCUAGCAUGUUUACAUACUGUAUGGCUCAUUGAUGAAGGAAUUGCUAAAAAGAGAUGGAAAGAGAAGGAAAUAAGAAGGAAAAGGCCAAGCUACUAUGAUUAUUAAUACUAUGUCUUGUUGCAAAGUAAUAUGUCAUGCCUAUAUUUUUUUCUUUAUUUAUUUAGAUAGGGUAAAGACUCUAUAUAAUUAUAAAGCCCAUUAUUCGUGUUCAUAUAUUGUACAAGCUAGAAAAUUCGCGGGUUUUCUUUACGUAGUUGACGUAAUACUGCGAUUUUAAAAUACGGAUAACGUCCCAGUGAAACCCAGGGAUCGUUGACUAAUCAACAGUGUUCCGCACACGGGAUGAAUUGGGUCCGCUUUGUUCCCAGGCUGCACGCCUCGCUGGCCCGUAACGUGAGACACGGGGGGAAACAACGGGGAAAUAUUUAAUCCUCGGGGACUCUUCUUAAACAAAUAUCUUAGCUAUGCGCUUUUGUUUUUCAUCCCCAGCAGACGGACCGCUAUAAUGACGCAUUCUCCGCCGCGAUUAAUUUAAUGGCGCUCUAAUCAUGUAACAUCAGACUGCCCAUUGUGGCCAUGGCACACGCACACCACGGGAGAAGUUUGCCCACAAUUUCUGUCGCACGGAUGGCUGUGUGGAUUGUACCUGCUUAUAGUGCUCCCUUUGUGCCGCGGUGCAUUCUGGGUACAUGCAGCACCUGUUCACGGAGGGACACGGAGAGUGAAUGCUCGCAGCGCCAGACCCGCUCAGGUCGGGUUUCUCCGGGAUCGCACUACGUCUCCGGGCUGAUUUCUCUGCCCGAGGUAUUGUUCUGUAUCGCUGCAUCGGAGCCAUAAGAGAGCGGGCCAUGAGGACUUUUCCCAAAAAUAGAAGCUGCGAAGUUUACAGCGUGUCUGGUUCAGAAGCCUGCGCCCCCGCCGGGGCACCUGCACAGCAGGAAUUUGUGACGAAGCCCAUCCAGACGUUAAGCCCAUCCGGCAGUGAGUCUGCCGUCAAGCGCCCGGUGGGCAAGAGAGUGGAUUGUGGGGCAUGGAGUAAGUGGGCACUGAGAGCUUCCCCCCUCCUGCCUCUCUCGGCUGCCAUUGCACUUACUCUCCAUUUCCUUGCAUCAUCUCCAUCGCCCUCAGUGUUCUACCUUGGGGGAAGCAUAGAGUUCUCCAACUUCAGCUUCUCUCCAGAGCUGGCAGACCCAUCGUCGGCACAGUUCCGCCUCCAGUCUCAGGCGCUAAGCCAUUACUUCUCAGAGUUGUAUGAUUCUUCACCAUGGAGCACGUAUUACCAGCACUCAGGAAUUAUUGCGUUUAGUGAAGGAGUGGAAGGUCUUUGUGUGUUCUACUGGAGUAAAUUCUCUGCUCCUCCCGCUAUUGCUGAGGAACUCCGGAAAGUGAACCCAGCCCGGUUGCAACGGCGUCUACCUGGAACCAACAAGGUCCUAUUUAGCAAGAAUGAGGAGCGUUACUACAUGGAGAGAGACGAGGACACACUGCGUCUGCUGGGUUUGAAUCCAGAUGACAGUGGUGAUGCUGAGGAUGAAGAUGAUGAGGAUUCUGACGACAAGGCGGACAAAAUAAAGAACCCAAACUCUUUGCAGAGUGGCAAGUGGCAGUUGGGGCUUCAGGCCAUGUCUUUUGACCUGUACGCUAAGUAUGGAAACAAUCGCACGCUCAGUCUUGUCAGUCCGAAAAAGCCGUAUUACCAGUGGAGGCUUCGGGUGCCAUCCGGGCACGUUGUGCGACUUGACAUCCUCACACUUCAAGGGGCGACACCAGGAAGCUGUUCUGCCAACAAGCUGUCUGCUUAUGAUUUCCUAUUACCACUUCAGAACAAGAUCAUCGCGAGAUGGUGUGGUCUGCCAUUAUCAGGAACGUCGCCUGUAAUGAAGCUCACAUCUUCUGGGAAUGUCAUGCUUGUAACAUUUUCUUUCAGUCGUCAGAGGCAAGGAGCCAUCUUCAAAGCUUAUUUCCAGGCUAUACCAAAAACCGAGUGUGGCGGUUUCCUCACGGCAUGGAAUGGCACCGUGACGUCCCCUUAUUACCCCGCCUACUACCCUCCGAAUGUGGACUGUAACUGGAAAAUCAGGGCUCCGUUGCCAGGAUACCUUCUCUCCAUCACCAUUGUGAUGCUCGACAUUCAGGAUUCACCCGCCUCGAGCACCUGUGAAAAAGACUGGCUGGAAAUAGGUGGCGUCAAACUCUGUAACCCGAUUGGGGACAGCAGCAGAAAGAGGAUCUAUUCUUCACCCGUCCUGCUUCACUUUCACUCUGACGAGUCUUUGACUCAUAAAGGGUUUUACCUGAUUUACAGAGCCUUUUCUCCUGAAAGUGCAUGUCCGAGGCAAUUUCGAUGUGGCGACGGCAAGUGUAUCCCUCUGAGGAAAGUGUGUGAUGGAGAUAAAGACUGUUCUGAUGGACGAGAUGAGGCCAAAUGCAACACGUGUAAACCAGGAGAUGUUUACUGUAAUGGUCAGUGCAGACCACACAAUCAGUGCAACAUCGCAUGUGGAGACAGCAGUGAAGAGACUAACUGUGGAGGUAAAUGCUACCAUAUGUGCCCAAACAAAAUCUGCCUCCAGAAAGCCUCGGUGUGUGAUGGAAUCGUGGACUGCAAAGACCGCAGCGAUGAACUUAACUGCACACGAGCAUUUUCAAAAGGAUGCUCCCCCUCCUCCUUCAAAUGUGCCAGUGGAAAGUGCUUAAAUAAGAUGAAUCCAGAGUGUGACGGCAUCAAAGAUUGCAAAGACGGUUCUGAUGAGUUACGUUGUGGUUGUGGCACGAGGCCCAGGAAGCGGGCGAAGAUUGUGGGUGGCACAGAUGCGCAGGCAGGCUCAUGGCCGUGGCAGGUCAGCCUUCAGAUGGAGCGGUAUGGUCAUGUGUGUGGAGCUUCUCUGGUGGCCAGUCGCUGGCUCGUGUCUGCUGCUCACUGCUUUCAGGACUCUGAUGCCAUCAAGUACUCUGAUGCGCGCUCGUGGAGGGCCUACAUGGGAAUGCGAGUGAUGAACUCAGUCAGUAACGCAGCAGCGACCAGACAAAUCCGCCGCAUCGUCCUGCAUUCGCAAUACGAUCAGUUUACCUCAGACUAUGACAUUGCCCUGCUGGAACUGAGCGCUCCAGUGUUUUUCAAUGAGCUGGUCCAGCCGGUCUGUGUACCGGCCCCAUCCCACGUCUUCACCUCCGGAACCAGCUGCUUCGUCACUGGAUGGGGAGUCCUGACUGAAGAAGGAGAACUAGCCACAUUGCUGCAGGAAGCCACGGUUAACAUCAUCAAUCACAACACUUGCAAUAAAAUGUACGAUGAUGCGGUCACUCCCAGAAUGCUUUGCGCCGGAAACAUUCAGGGAGGAGUGGACGCUUGUCAGGGAGACUCCGGAGGGCCUUUAGUGUGUCUGGAACGGGGCCGCAGGUGGUUUCUAGCAGGCAUCGUGAGUUGGGGUGAGGGCUGCGCUCGACAGAAUCGGCCCGGAGUUUACACGCGUGUCAUUAAGUUCACAGACUGGAUUCACCAGCAGACGAAAGGCCAGGUGUGACACGCACAAAAACACACACACACACACAUGCAUAUACAAAUAUAUAUAUAAAUAUAUACACACCAGAGAACGGGUGAUCACCCAUGCUCAGAUGCAUGUGAUGGAAGUGCACCGGCCCUGCUUUCAUGGUGCACAGACAUGGCAAACAUCAACACCCCUGCAUCAGAAAGCAAUGUCCCAUAAUUCCCAUGUUGCUCGGAGUUUGAAAUCUCCACUCACAGUCUGUCAGUCUUUAUGCCCCAAACUCAGCCAACACAAACCAGCUGUACUUUCUAAAACCUGGACUACUAAUGUAGAGAUUGAAGAGAUGUGCAUUAUUUGCAGCGGAGAGAGCUCUCUUGGGAAGACUUGUAUUAUUGGGCUAAAUGUUAGUUUUCAUUCAUUUAUUCGUGUUCAUGGCAUUAUUUUCACAUGUUUUUCAUUGUUUAAGGAUGAUAAACCCUCCACUUCGUUGUCCGUUUCUACUGUGAAAUUGAUUGGAUGUCAGAUAUUAUGACCAGCAUGACUUUUAGUGCUUUUGUUAUUGCUCUUAUGUAGGUUUUUGUUGUUAUGAAUGUUUGCUGGCUUGUCUUUGAGAGUGUGAGAAAGCAGUUGCAGCCCCCUAAGACUCUCUCUGCUGGUCAUGAUUUGACAUUACAUCUUACUCAGUACUCCUUUAGUUAACGCACAUAUUGUUAUCAUGAUCUGUACUCCCUACAACAACCUGAUGUAAAUGUCACCACUGAGCAAAUGUUGAUACUUUAUGUUAGAUAUCUGAAAGUUAGAACUAUAUUAAAAUGAGGUGCUACAUUA